AAUCGCAGCGCAGCGCCACACACCGCUCUGGCUCUGUGCUCCCGUCUGCAUUUCCAGCCUCGGCAUUCCCGUUUGGGUUUGCAAUCCAUCACGCAGGCUCUCAUGCGGGCCAAAGCGCUGUUUUGGUCAAGCCUUUGCCGAGACGAGCGCCGAGACGAGCCGCCAUGGCGAGCCACAAGACCAUUCUCGUCACCGGGGCUGCGGGAUUCAUCGGGUCCCACCUGGCCAUCCACUUGACAACCCACUUUCCGCACUACAACAUCAUCGCCUUUGACAAAAUGGACUACUGUUCGUCGCUGAGGCUCCUGGAGCCCCUAUUGGAACGGCCCAACUUUUGUUUCGUCAAGGGCGACAUCACCUCGCCGGACUUUGUGUCGUACAUUCUUGUCGACAAGAAGGUCGAUAUCAUCAUGCAUUUGGCGGCGCAGAGCCACGUCGACAACUCGUUCGGCGACUCAUUCGAGUUCACCAAGAACAACAUCAUGGGCACUCAUGUGCUGCUGGAGGCCUCGCGCAAGUAUGGCAAGAUCGAACGCUUCAUUCAUGUCAGCACCGAUGAAGUGUAUGGUGCGAUAGACCGAUCCGAGCCCGACAGCAGGGAAAACUCGAUCCUGGAGCCAUCCAAUCCCUACUCGGCCACCAAGGCCGCGGCCGAAUGCCUCGUCAAGGCCUAUUUCAAGUCCUUCCACACCCCCGUGAUCGUCACCCGCAGUAACAACGUCUAUGGACCCAGCCAGUAUCCCGAGAAGGUCAUUCCAAAGUUUAUAUGCGCUCUGAUGAAAGGCCGCAAGCUCCCCAUCCACGGAAACGGAUCCAACUCCCGCCACUAUCUCUAUGUCACCGACACCGUUCAAGCCCUAACGACCAUUCUGGAGCUCGGCCAGAUCGGCGAGACGUACAACAUCGGAAGCGAGUUUGAGAUCAGCAACCUGAGGCUCGCCAAGUAUCUCAUCCGCCAGUGCGGUAUCGCCAGCGACGAGGCCGAAGCCGAGAAGUGGCUCGAGUUUGUCGAGGACCGAGCCUUCAAUGACAUGCGAUAUGCCAUUGACUCGGCCAAGCUCAAGUCGCUGGGGUGGUCGCCGCAGGUGACCUUUGAGGACGGCAUUCAGCGGACGAUCGACUGGUACAGACAUAACCUUGAUACCUGGUGGGACGAGGAUAUAUCCGCGGCCUUGGUUGCCCAUCCCCUCCGGAAGCUGCCGAAUGCAUAGCGACGAAAGCCCUGCCUGGUCCCGGUCCAGGUUGCGCAGGACAGGUGCUGUGCAAGCGCCGAGAAGCCACUACUCCUCCAAGUAUUGCGUCCAUGGGCGUGUUGUCAAAUGAGUGCUGCUCGAGCGCCGCAUGACGAGCGACUGACAGCCGCCAACUGGCAAUACAAUCGUCUUGCCUUCAUCAUGCCUGCGGGGGAGGGGCUGUGUCGCUGGCAAUCCAUAUGCAAGCCCGUGAUCCGUGCAGACGAGCCUGCGGUUUCCAAAUCUGUUUGCAGAUGCCCCGGACGAUGUCGAGCCGGCAGGAGGUCGAAGAGAGACACAAUCUGCGAUGGUGCGAUGGGGUCGUGGCUGUAUUGGCGCAACGAGUUGAUCUACACUUUAUUCAGAAAAAAAACGGGACAAUAUAGCCGUUUCCAUGAACAUGUAGUAUGUGCUGUGCUUGCGUCAAGCAAAG